AUGAGUAAUCCACAGUCCAAACAGUCAUUGAAGGACGUGCUACCGACACUUGCCGAGCCGUAUCCGGCACAGCUAGUGCUGACGUUGGAGUCACUUCAUCUGAUGAGCCUACAAAAAAAUCCAGUCUUGCCUAAUAAAUCAGAAAUAGCCAGAUACCAUAUUUGUGCAUACUUGACGGCAGAACGAUACCAACAGCAGUUGAAGCUACCGCUGCCAUCUUUGAACAAGAUUCCUGCGCAGCCCAAGGUUGUUAAUAAGAUCCUCGAUGAUUUCAGAGCAAAUGUAUUGAAUGGGUUCAAAUCACCAACCAAUUCCCCCCGAAAGAGUAUGGCAAGUCCAUCGCCUUUCAAUACGCCAACGAAAGGAUCAAACAACAAACUCAACUUGUCGCCCAGCAAGAACGGACCGUCGACUCCAAGGGUGAGCUCCCCCUUGAAGAGACUACAGGCAUUGAGAGAUGAAGAUGGUGCUAUUGGCAAAAAAUCAAAAUCAAAUAAUGCAUUAUCGGAUGCUGCAUCUCCUUUCAACCCUAAGAAUAAUCCAAAAACUCCAACAAAACAGUCUGCUCCAGGAACCCCGGGGACCCCUUCCACCCCAAGAUACCAAAGACACAUCACCAUCUCGGACUUUAUUUCUUUUGCCAAUAAUUUUUACAUUCCAUCCAAUGUCACUCCGCAAAUGGUGGAGUGUUUUCUAGACCAGAAACAUAAAUUCACCAAGAAAAACGAAUGGCUUCUUGCAUGCGGAAUGAUCCACGCUGCCUACGUGAGAAUCAACCAUAAGCUCAUCAACUACACCAUGGGUGCUAAAAAAAAAUUGGAAGACCAAUUGUUCCAGUACCAAAAGGGAGGCUUAAUGAAAGAUAAUAUGAAAACCUGGAUCAAUAUCAUUGAAGAAGCAGUCAAAGUGGAACCCUGGGUCAUAGACCUAGAUAAAAAAUUCAUCGAUGGCACUUGGUCUUCUCUGACCCAAGACAACAUUCAAACGUUAGAAAUUACUGCAAAACUUGGGAAAGGCUGGGAAAUCGUUGAAAAAUUCGGAAGUAUGGUCACCCCCGAUACCAUGUUUGAUUCCAACACCCAAAACACUUACUACUCUACCUGGACCUCCAAGGUCUUAUCCGAACUAGACUCCUAA